UUUUUGUUUUUCUUUGUCAAAAUAAAUUAUUUUUUAUGAUAAAUAAAUUUGUAUUAAUUACUUUAAUAACAUCAAUUAAUUUAUUUAUUGCACAUAUCCAAUGUAGAACACGUUGUGUUCGUGCAAGGGGAAGGGUUAUCUGUCCGACUGAUUCUGACAGUCAUUUUAAUGUUGAAGUGAAACUUAUGGACAGCGACACACUUCCUUGGGAAAAUGACGAUGAAAUGGGUAGAGCGAGUACAGAUUUGCUGGGGAAUUACACAGUAGAGGGCUGUGCUGGGGAUUUUGGUGCUUGGAAUGAUCCUGACCCUUAUAUUCUGAUUACUCAUCGAUGUCCCGAAAUUGGACAUGAUAUUUCUGUAAUUAAACGAAAACUAAGAAUUCCAAUUAAAGAAAUUAAAUAUUGUUGAAACUACUCGUCUUGAUUUGGAAUGUGAAAUUUGUUAGAUAAAGAGAAAAAUAUUUUUUUAAUUAGACUUGGCAAGGACACAGAUUUCGGGGUACUUAUCGGUUAUCAAAAUGAUAGCUUUAUUUGACUUUGACAAUUUCGUAAUUUUAGGCAGAAGGGGCGCAAAGGAACUAAAAUAGAAGAAAAUGUGGGGGAGAUAACCGAUAAGUACAGAUUUUGGAAUCUAUUUAUAUUUAUCAGGGAUGUUACGGUAUCCAAACCCCAAUCCAAAGAAUAUUCUGACAAAAUCUGACCCGAACCCCCGACUUUUUUCU